UUCACAGAAAAAUUCAUUUCAAAAAGCAGACGAUCGGCCAGGCGAAGAGGGAGGGGGGAAUCGCCCUUUCGUCUUUAAAUACAGCAAAAAACACGGCGUAUUCAAUCUACGUACCGACCACAACGCAAGAACACGACUCCGUCAAGUAUUUCUGAGGUGUGAGGCAGUCAGUAACUGAAAGUUGUGAUCAGCUGACAUCGCCCCUGUGAGAAACCGGUUGUUCCGGUCGCCAUUUACAGCAAGUCUCUGGCUUAGAGUGCCGUCUCGCUCACUUUUCUGUCAGCGUUGGUCUUCGCAGACCUCAAUGUGUUUAGACGAGCCGUGCGCGGAGGAAGAGAGACCGAGAAGUAAGAGUAUGGAAGAUUAUGAAUGCUUGGACGUCGACUAUUCCCGAGCGGUCCCCCUCGAACCCUUCAUUCACCAAGUAGGGGGGCACUCGAGUAUGAUGAGAUUCGACGAACACACGGUGUGCAAGCCCAUGAUAUCGCGAGAACACCACUUCUACCUGUCACUGCCAAAAAACCUGAGGAAAUUCUCCCCAGAAUACAGAGGUGUCAUCCAGGUGUCAUUUCAAGAGGACAAAGAUGGCUUCAUCCGCCUGGUGGCACAUCCGUGUGAGACCAACCACUCCGGCGGGCACUCCGAGUCUGACAGUUCGCCGGCGGGGUCCGCAGAGGAAGACAACGUCAGCAGCGCCUCGAGCGUCCAUCGCACGAAGCGGCGGAGACGGCGAAAGGAAAAGGAAACAGGCAUCAACACAAAUGAGAUAACACACAGCGUCCCACUCUGUGAUUGUGUCCUCUCAAACGGGCGCAGGCGCUGGAGUUGGCCCCCAGUCAGGGUGAGGUUACUAAGAACAGGCAGCAUCGAGGUCCAGAGCAACGGCACCGGCCCCUUCCUGGUGGAUCUUGUGGAGAAUAAGGAGGAAGCCGAGAGUCUUAAGGGUCUGGGACACAACCCUUGGAGCUUAAGAUGUCACAAGAAACAGCUGGCCGAGAUGAGAAAGACGGCGCCGAACAGCAAACUGCACAAAUUUAUCCUCCUAGAAAACGUGACGUCCCAGUUCGUGUACCCGUGUAUCCUAGACCUGAAGAUGGGUACCAGACAGCACGGGGACGACGCCACGGAAGAGAAGAGAAAUCGACAGAUGGAAAAAUGUGCGUCAACAACAUCCGCCAGCAUCGGUGUUCGUGUGUGUGGCAUGCAGGUUUACAAAGCAGAAACCGGACACUUCCUUUGUCGAAACAAAUACUACGGACGGAAACUGACAGAAGACGGCUUCAAACACACGCUUCAGCAGUUCCUAGACAACGGACAAGACGUGGUGGCUCCCAAAAUCAUCGCCCAGCUCCAAGAACUCAAGUCAAUCCUGGAGAAACAUCAGACGUACAGAUUCUACUCCAGCUCUUUGCUGAUCAUUUACGAGGGGAAUAACUGCUGGGGAGGGGCAAACCGGGUGGAAAAUGAGGACUUGUGUGCCAGCCACCGUGCCGCCGGCGUGGCGGUGAAAAUGAUCGACUUUGCGCACAGCACGUACAAGGGUUUCCGUGGCGACCGGACGGUCCAUCAGGGCCCGGAUAAGGGGUACAUCUUCGGACUGGAGAACCUGCUCAGAGUUUUCCACGAGAUCGUGGAGGAACGGGGAAUUGUAGAUGAGCACGACACGUAAAAGUGAAAAACUUCCCCGGAAAAAAAAUCAUACAUAUCCUCUCCUGCGAAACCCGCCACUUUUUAGUAUCAAGCAACUUGCCCUUGGCAUAUCUGCCUAUGAUCCACCCUUCUUACUGUGUUAGCAUUGGCAAGAUGUCUCCAGCCAAUGACAUUGCUGCUUGCAGUAAAGAGACAACAUGAUUGGCUGGUAGCUGUUAAUAUUGGCCAGAUGUCUCCAGCCAAUCAUAUCGCUGCUUGCAGUAAAGAUAAAACAUGAUUGGAUGGUAGCUGUUAGCAUUGGCUAGAUGUCACCAGCCAAUGACAUUGCUGCUUGCAGUAAAGA